AUGUGGAGCAGCCGUCAGGUCAUCGUGCGCUCGCUUUCGCAGACGCCUGACGCUUUCUGGCAAUGCUCCCCGGACGAGCUGCGGCUGCGGCCUAGUGCUUGCAGCCAACACUUUGACCGUGUCGUAGUUUGUGUCAGCCCGGCAGAGCAGGCAAGUGAGCAGGCAAGCUUCUCCAGGGAGGACCUGCCGGUGCUCUGGAGGAUCAUGGCUCAAGAUCCGCCGCGGCUGGCAGAUGCAGUCUUGGCGCUGUGGCCUCCUUCGGGCACAUCUCAGGGGCCAGGUCCGGACUACAUGGACUUCGCCGAGUCCGUGCUGCCGCACUUAGCGGAUCUCAUGGACAUCACCUCAGCGCCGCCUCACCCGCAUGAGGUGGUUUCGGCCUCCAGGGGGCUGCUGCGGGCCAAGGUGUCGCUUUUCGUGCACAGCGCGAAGCCUGAGGUGAAUGGCGGCCCCCCACUGUCCGUGGCCGCGGCCUACCUCCGAAGGCGACUGACUUUGAGCCCUGAAAUGAGCGGCGAGACCCUCACGGGAUUGCUGAUGGCGCUGAGGACGCUGGGCCCGGGUCUUCCUGGCCCAGGGCUUCUUGCGCAGCUUCGUGGGCUGCUUGGCAUCCCAGGGGCGCGCGACCCACUUCCGAAGAAUCUGGGUGUGAUGUGGCUCCUUCUUCAGGCUGCCGCCUACUUCGUGUCCCACCGCCUCAAGUCGCCCUUCGGUUCGGCAACCUCCAGCUUGCAGCUGCUCGAGACCAUCAUCAACGAGUCGUCUGCCAAGGUGGCGCAGAAGAUCUCCGAGAAUCUGGCGCGGGCCACUCCCACGACUGGCGUGCUGCCAG